AGAGCUAAGUAGCUGCAAUUCGAACGGUGAAACAGGAAUCGAGUGACGGUCAAUCCUUGGGCUUUCCGCUGAAAUUUAAGGUUAUCUCGUGCACGGGGUGUGUCGUGUAGGUUUGUUAGUUCUGCGAGAGAUCGUGAUCUUGUUCGUUCCGGGUGUGCCACGAUUUUUCUUUCAUGGUUUGAUUGAUCGAGAUUUCCUUUAUUAACCCAUUUUUAAGGAAAGCCUAUUGCAUUCAUGUUAGAAUUUAUAAUUUUAUGAUGUUUUUAAAAUUUAGUGUUGCGAAAAUAGAAUGAACAGUUUAGUACGUCUCGUAUGUCCCUUUUGCAAGAGACGAAAUUGUAUAUACAGUGUCAAUAGCUUUAUUUUCUUUCUCUCGUUCCAAGUUAGACAAAUGUGUUUUUAAUACUCAAUGCUGCCAGUAGGGCUACGAAUUAUUGUACGAUGUUUAUAAAAAUCGAUGUUUAUUCAAAAAUCAUUCUGUAAUAUAUAAAUAUUGCGCGAUGUACAUAUGCUUUGUUUAAAAUUUGGAAACAUUCGUGUAAGCGUUGCGUGAAUGACGAAUGUUUUGUUUACUGCGUAGGUAAUGUUUAAGUUUUUUUUUUGUAGAUCGCUUUCCGUAUCGGCUUGUGUGACCCCCCACCAUUUUGCAAGUUACGCAGCAAGACUAAGGUGCGAGGAGUCAUUCAGUUGUCUUAUUUUAUGCCGAUAACGUGGUUUUUGUUGAGUCACUUGUGUAAUGUUUCUAACCUAUUGGUGGUGUGUUUUCGGUGGUAUCGUUUCUUCAUUACCUUUUUGGUAUCGUUUAUAUCUCGUUAUUAAUACCGUUUAAUUAAUACGCGUUUAUGUAACGAUUCAUCUAACAUUAAGGUAAUGAAAUUAAGUGGUUUCCUGAAAUUUCUUAUUUCAAUUUUUCUACAGCGUCUAUUUACCAAAUGAUACUGUUACCGGUAGUUUCUAUCUUAUUGAUCGAUAGCAGGGAUAAUAUAGAAAAGGAAUAUUAAUAUAUGGACGCAACGACAAUUAAUUAGUCAUCAAUCCGAUGAAUCUUCAUGGAAAUUAGAUUUAUUGUCCCUUUCGAGGAAACGCCGGAAAGCAGUUUUCCCAUGUACAAUGCCACCCAUGGAUGAUCUUUGAUUGGGGGCAAUCAGCACCUGUUCUUACUCACCAACGCUAGACGCACCCAAGAGCUUUCUUCUGCGACAUCACCAAAUUUCACUGGUUUUUCAUCCUUGGAUUAGUCACCACUUCUUGACUGAUUUUCUGUUCAUUGACCAGUCAUCAAUUUAACUUGUUACUAUAAAGUUGUUAGAAUGAAGUGUAUAUUAUAACCUGUUACUUCAGUGCUAUAAUCAGUUUAACCAUCUCUAUUAUUUUAACUGAUAUAGGAGAUUGACCAAUUCGUGGCAUCGAUUAUGAAAUCGUAACGGGAAUUUACGAUUCUCGUUGGCGGGCUUCUUGGCAAUCGCGUCUUCCCGCGAAUGGUUCAACAAGCCAGUGUAUCUCUCAAGAGGAUAAAGUCUCUCCAAGAGCUGAAGAAUCUUCUUCAUCUUCUUUGGGAAUGUUUUAACAGUGGCUCAGAAACCAAGAAUGUAAGUAUCUUUACAUAUCGUACUUCAAUUAUGUCUAUUCUGUAUAUUUUUCUUUGAACUAUUUUUUUUUUUUUUUUUUUUUUUUGUUUGAUUGAAAUUUUGGAUGGUUAGACUCUUCUAAGGUUAUUUUUCUACUAAAAUAAAUAAAGUGUUAAAGUCUUUGUUAAGUCGCGUGAGACCGUCAGUACGUCGUCCUUCAUGGUAUGACCUCUACCUAGAUCAGGCUACAUACCGCGGGCAGGAUGGCAGCCAGAUAUCCGCACAUCCUUAUUGCGUACCCUUAAGAUUCUCAAGGACCAACCAUAAAUCUCAGAAAAUUUUAGCUAAAGUUUUCCAGAUCGAACAAAGAUCCUUUUACGAAGGGGUUUUCUAAGAUUUAUGGUUUGUUUCGGGGAAAAUACGGGAAAAUUAGUUUUUCACACAUACAAUGCUUUCUACUACCAACUUUCUAUCGAGGGCGGAGACCCUUCCUAGUCCACCAACAGUCUUAAUAACCAAUCAGAAACAAUGUCUAUUACCCUCACUUUCCCGCCCAGAAAAUGUCAUUAACAAAUCCGAUGGUCCCGUGCGCUAGACACACCCUUCUCUAGCUCUCCUCCGACACAGCAUCGUCACUUUCGUGGCAGUUCGUCUUCGUCGCUAGAACAGUCAACAAGUCUGGAACGGGUUCUACCCUUAAAUCACUUCGUCUUUGUCGUUAUAAUAGUCAAAACGUCUGUGACGGAUUUCUUACUCAUGUAAAGGCGCACCGACGCAUCAGUGUAACUAGUCAUCUUUUCAAGGCUGCUGGAAUAAACGAUAUUAUAUACAUAUUAACACAGUAUGAACUCAACCUAACCACCCCUAUUAUCGUAAUAGAAACAAGGGGUCGAUCAGUUCGUGGCGUCGAUUGUUUAAUCGUAACGGGAAUUUACGACUCCUGUUAACGUGCCUCCUUGCGAUUGCGUCUCUCCACCAACUGUCGCAACAUUUUGGUCCUUCGAGCCAGAUUCAGUGGCAAAUGAAAAGUGUACAUCAGUGAUACCCACUACCAUACAGUGCCACGUGAAGCUAACAUAACCAGCAGCAAAAGCGUUGUCACUCCAGCGAAGUCGGUAUCGCUAGGGACUAUCAAUUGAAGAGGCAAAACCCGGUGGUUGAAGGACGUAACUACGCAGUCUCACGCCGCAGCUAGGCAAUCGUCAAGUCAGUAACGAUAUUUAUAGCGAUAGGAUAAGCUUAUUCAUUGCAUUGCCGAUUCGCUAUCCGCUAUAACAAUGGCAAUCGCUAACUACUUUAAUCGGAAACUAAACCAUUAUGACCGCAAAAUCACAUUCAUAUCAAAACAAGUGGAACGCUAUAUGGAUGAGUACGAACAAUCCGGUCGUCAUGAUGAGUCCGAAUUAGUAUUCUUCAAGAAACAGUUGUAUAAAUACGAAGAUGAUUUAUGCGCCAUCGAACAGGAGCUGGCAGAGGUGCCAAGCAAAGAGGAAUACGAACGCGGCGUCAAGAUGUUGGAACGGAAUUUUGAUAUAAGUCGACGGAUAAAACAGGUCCUAAAAGGCGCACAACUAACUUCGCCGUCGAUGCCGACAACCGGCGAACCAACUAUUACUUGCAAGCCGACCCCAGAUACAUUACUAACGAUUCAUUUGCCUAUUUUUGAUGGCUCUUUCGAGAAUUGGCAUCACUUUUACGACACCUUCUCGUUUAUAAUAGAUCGGGAUGAGCAAUUAACAACGAUACGGAAGUUCCACUACCUUCGAUCAUGCCUGACUGGACAGGCCGCGAGAAGCAUUCAAUCAUUAGACGUGAUCGCUUCUAAUUAUUCAAUCGCUAUAGACAUGCUUAAGGACAAAUUCGACUGUCAUCGUCAAAUUUGUAUGCGCCACUGGGAGCUUCUUGUCAACUAUCCAAAAAUAACCACGGAGACCCCCGAAGCUGUAGAUGAUCUCCUCGAUACGGUGAAGCUAAAUCUACAUGCUUUAGAAAAACUAGGUGAACCGGUCACUUCAAACGUCGUGCUUAUCAAUCUAUUAACCUCGAAGUUACCGCCAGACACAAUUUGUGAAUGGCAAUGCACGUUACCGAACAAACAAAUGCCGUUAUACAUGCAUUUGAUGGACUUCCUAAAAACACGGACGAACGGCGACAGCAUUAGCUCCACAUCAACCGUGGUAAAAAGGACGUCUGACCAACGUAACCGUCAGCGACAAGCCGCGCCGCGAAGCCAAACGUUGGUGUGUCCAACCUGCCAGGGACGACACAAUAUAUGGAAUUGCGAUGUCUUCAAGGCAAAGUCGGUCAAAAGGCGCUUCGAAAUCGUCAAAGGGGCUUCGCUCUGUAUCAAUUGUUUGAGAAAAGGACACUCCUUUACUCAGUGCCAUGCCGGUUCAUGUCGUAUAUGCAAACAACGACACCACACGUAUUUACAUCGAGAACAAUCGUCGACCGACCGAUCUUCAAGCGAACAAUCGUCGAGCGACCGAUCGUAUAACGGACGAUCACCAACAAGUUCACCGACACUUCGUCCGUCACAUCGUUCGAGACGAUCCGACCAUACCCGAUCGACUCCUAAACGUGAAUCUCGGUCAUCACAACCAAAGGUAACCAAAUAGACUUUUUUCGCAUAGUCCUAAACAAGGAAAACAAUAACUGCCGCAGACGACUCUAAUGGGGCUCGACGCACAAAAAACGGAUUCACUGACCUCGCUUCCGCCUGAACCAUUGCACCACGAUCUGUUAGUGACAGCGCAGGUUAACAUCUUGAACAAUAAAACUCAACCAUUCCGUUGUAGAGCUCUACUAAACACCGGCUCUAGUAUGAACCUUGUCACCGAAAAACUCGUCAACGCACUGAAGCUCAACCAACGGAAAUGUUCGGUCCCAAUCGGAGCCCUCAACACGUUAUCGACGACAUUGAAACGUUAUAUCACGGCUACGAUUACCUCGAUCGACGGUGUCACACAUUCAAGGAAACUAUCCGCUCAGUAACCAGAUAGACUGAACACCCUGCAUGCCACAUCUGUUGAAACAAUAACUAAAAAGGCCCCUCCAAAGCGACUAGACCCCCGGUAGAAAGACCUUCCUAAACCAGCGCUAAAACAGUCCGUUGUAGCAUUUCAAGUCAGUCUGUCCUAACAUUCCGAACCACGCUCUUGUAACCGUUACUGUCAGAUUUCUGCAAUAAAUCUCAUUGUCGCAUACGAAGUUAUAUUUUCUUCACCCUAUUCUUGAAAGAAUCAUUUCGUUCGAACCGCAACGCGAGGAGAUCACCGGCGAUCUUUUGUGUCUCCGACGUGACAGCGGCAUAUACGAACAUACACUGACGUUCCUAAUAAUACCAACCAUAUCGACUUGGGUCCCAGAUCAACCCGUAGAUCGCUCAACGAUAUAGUUACCUAGGAAUCUCCAACUAGCCACGAUUUCAUCCAAAAAUCUUUCAUUAAAAAAUUUCAAGAAAUCCUAGAUUUCAUAUACCUGUUCCGAUCGAUAUCCUAUUAAGCGCUGGACCAACACUAGCAUCACUCUGCGUUGAUUAACUUGAUAUCAGUCACUCAAACGGGCCCGACUUGCGCCUGCAAAAAACGCGAUUCGGAGAGGAGCCCAACCUCGCAAUCAUCAGCUCACACAUUUCACGCCUCCACAACGACUCUACAGGCGGACCUCGCCCGUUUUUGGGAAAUCGACGAAGGACCGUCCACUUCAUACAUUUCAGAGGCGGAAAGACAACGCGAGGAACAUUACCGACUUGUAAUACAAGUCCUUCAAACGACAUCUCAGACGUGUCGCAGGUAAUGAGAUUCUGACAUUCGAAAAUCUAAAUACGCUCAUUAUCGAAAUCGAAUCGACCCUCAAUUCCCGUCCUCUGACGCCGAUAUCUACAGAUCCAAACGAUCUCCUUGUCCUUACCCCUGGUCAUUUCCUCAUCGGAGACUCACUAACAGGUUUACGAGAUUUCAGAGAUACUCCAUUCAACCGUCUCUCCAGCUGGCAACAUAUUCAAAAGAUCAAGCAGCAUUUCUGGCGCCGCUGGCAUCCAGAGUAUUUAAACGAGUUAAACAUCCGAAACAAAUGGAGCAAGGGCAAUCACGGCAUACGAGAAGGUAGCAUCGUCGUUCUCAGAGAAGACAACGUUCCCCCAAUGCAACGGCCAUUGGGCAGAGUCAUCAAGGUUCAACCUAACGCAGACGGCAUCAUACGGACGGCUACCAUUCGAACAGCAACGAGCAUGCUGAAUCGGAGCAUCAAACGAUGGUCCCGUGCGCUAGACACACCCUUCUCUAGCUCUCCUCCGACACAGCAUCGUGACUUUCAUGGCAGUUCGUUUUCGUCGUUAGAACAUUUAACAAGUCUGUAACGAGUUCUAUCCUUAAAUCACUUCGUCUUCGUCGUUAGAACAGUCAACAAGUCUAUAACGGGUUCUACCCUUAAAUCACUUCGUCUUCGCCGUUAGAACAUUUAACAAGUCUGUAACGAGUUCUAUCCUUAAAUCACUUCGUCUUCGUCGUUAGAACAGUCAACAAGUCUGUAACGGGUUCUACCCUUAAAUCACUUCGUCUUCGUCGUUAUAAUAGUCAAAACGUCAGUUUUUUUUUUUCUAGUUUAUUUAUUUGAUUUUUACAAUUUGUCUAGAAGGACAUUUGGUAAAUUAUUAUAUCUUAGUGAAUAAAGAAUAAAAAAAAAAUAAAAAUAAAAUAUAGCAUGUGCGUGGCUACCCCCAGCGGGGUACCAUCUUCGUGUUUGCUAGGUUAUAUCUUUUAUGAGAUCUAUUGGGUGUUUCCUUUUUAGUCUUCUUGUGAUCUUUGUUGUGUUCGUUUCCGUUGCCAGCUGGUUCGGAUGUGUACCAAAUAUGGAUGACGCUCUUUUUGUUCGAGUUCAUUAAAUAUAGAAUAUUAUAUAUAGGAUAUACAACAUAAAAGUACUAAAAACACAUUAUGCUAUGUCGCAUGGUAUUUGUUAAAACAUUCCAAACACAUUUGGGGUGAUUUUGGACAUUUCGAACAAUAUGUUUUUGUUUUUUUUUUACGUUGUCUCUCGCUUCUUGGCGUGCGACAAUUUGCCUCUUCUUCUCGUAACGUAGGGUGCACAUCCUUCUCAUAGGCUUACCCUGCUGAUUCUUACGAACCUCCAAAUGGCGGGUCACUUCCUUCGUUUUCUUCCGAUGGUUGUCGAGUACAAUAUUUUCUGAGGACACAUCGGACUAUUCGGAAACGAAAAUUUUCCGAAAUGUUCUUAUCUGUGUUUUUUGUUUGAGGCUGUUUGGUGCCCAAUAUGAGCAUUUACUAUAGUUGUUUCUAAGAGUAAAUGUAGUGCGAAUUUCCACCAUCCGGUCACUUCUGUCGAUACCAGUUUUUUUAUUAUUGUAUACUACUCACCUCACUUUCAAAUAUUUUCACGCUGUCUACUGAACAUUUUGGGGAUGAAAAAAUCAUUGAUGUGCGUCUCACAAGAAGUAGUAUGCGUCUCGACUAAAUGAAAGAUCUCUGGGAUAUCUGCCAUGAGAUCCCUCGGAAUACUCUGGCCGGAAAGUUACCGACGAUCGGAUUUGGGCCCCGUGGAAGACGUAGCCGAGGUACGCUGGGUGACCAACGUGUUAAAUUAAUUUUCGUUAUAUUCUGCUUUAAUCACUACCUUUUAUGUUAAAUGUUUCUCACUUUCGGUAAUUUUGUAUUAUACAUAUUAAAUUCUACAUUUAAUUCUGUUUAAUUCUAGGAUCAGGUAUUGUAAAGUUAUUCCUGUUGCCCAUUGAAAGAUGUUGCUUGAAUGCAAUUCUUAUGUUCGCCGUCGAUGUUAAUCAUAGAGGGCGUGGGAAACACUUCGAUUUUGUCGAGGUCGUCGGUAUUACAGGACGCCAUGUAAAGUUUCAUGAUGUUAGUUCAUACAGUUUCCGGUAGGUCGCGCCACUAAGACAUUUCUAUGAAUCGUUCAAUAAAACUAAUAA